AUGUCGUCUUCGCAAGUUCGAGACGGUUGGUUGGAGCGGUCGCCAAGAAAUCAGGUUAUCGACAAUAUCACCAACACGGUCUUUGAUAUCAAGCGUCUACUUGGCCGUCGCUUCGACAACAUCAACGUCCAGUCGGACGUGAACCUCUGGCCGUUCAAAGCUGUCAACACCGACAGGAGCAGCAGUUCCCGCAGCGUCCAACUGCAAAAGGCUGCCAAUGCUCGCCUUGGAACUUCUGUCAGGGACGCCGUCAUCUCUGCGCCUGCCUACUUCAACGACUCCCAGCGCCAGGCGACCAUGGAGGCAGGAUCGAUUGUCGGUUUCAAUGUCCUCCGGCGUCGUGAGGUCCAGGCUACUACUGGAGACAAUCACUUGAGAGGCCGGGAUUUCGACAACUUUCUCGUGGGGUCCUUUGUCCGUGAGUUCAAGGAAAAUAUUCCCAAUGACAACUAUAAUGGUCCUUGUGCCCUCAAUCGCGUCCAAAUCGCCUAUGAGCAAGCCAAGAUUGCCCUCUUCUCGUCGGAUCAGACCGACAUUGCCCAUUACCUCAUCUCUCUUCCAUCGCGUCUUGGAACCACCAAUACCGUACUCCAGUGUGCCAAUAUCAACAAGCAAUCUGUCCAUGAUAUUGUCUUUGUUGGCAGUUCAAGCAGGGUUUCCAAGAUCCAGAAGAUGGUCUUUGACUUCUUCUAUGGCAAAACGCCCUACAAAUUCAUCAACGUCGACGAGGCCGUUGCCUAA